CAAAGGACCAUCGCGAAACAGAUUCAGAUGGUAAAGCAGAUUGGAAAAGGUCGCUAUGGAGAAGUCUGGAUGGGAAAGUGGCGUGGCGAAAAGGUAGCUGUGAAAGUGUUUUUUACCACGGAGGAGGCCAGCUGGUUCAGAGAAACAGAAAUCUACCAGACUGUCCUGAUGAGGCAUGAAAAUAUUCUCGGAUUCAUUGCCGCAGACAUUAAAGGUACAGGAUCUUGGACCCAGCUGUAUCUCAUCACCGACUACCAUGAAAACGGCUCACUUUAUGAUUAUCUAAAAUCUACUACCUUGGACACAAAAGCCAUGCUAAAACUGGCUUACUCCUCCGUUAGUGGCUUGUGCCACCUGCACACCGAAAUCUUCAGUACUCAGGGCAAACCUGCUAUUGCCCACCGUGACCUAAAAAGUAAGAAUAUCCUGGUGAAAAAGAAUGGCACCUGCUGUAUAGCAGAUUUGGGCUUGGCAGUUAAGUUUAUCAGUGAUACAAACGAGGUAGACAUACCUCCAAAUACCCGUGUAGGAACAAAACGCUAUAUGCCUCCAGAGGUGCUGGAUGAAAGCUUGAAUAGAAAUCACUUUCAGUCAUACAUCAUGGCUGAUAUGUACAGUUUUGGACUCAUCCUUUGGGAGGUAGCAAGGAGAUGUGUUUCAGGAGGAAUAGUUGAGGAAUACCAGCUUCCAUACCAUGACCUUGUGCCCAGCGACCCCUCAUACGAGGACAUGCGGGAGAUUGUGUGCAUCAAGAGACUACGCCCUUCGUUUCCCAACAGAUGGAGCAGUGAUGAGUGCCUACGGCAGAUGGGGAAGCUGAUGAUGGAGUGCUGGGCGCACAACCCUGCCUCCCGGCUCACAGCCCUGCGCGUCAAGAAAACACUUGCCAAAAUGUCAGAGUCGCAGGACAUUAAACUCUGACUUGGCCAGAAGCAGCUCUCGUUGAAGGCCCAUGGAAACGGACUUUCUCGUGCAGGCAGAAGUCCUGAGGAGGUAUUGGAAGUCUUCACUGAACAGUACCUUGAAUGCAGUUAUGCUUAAGAGGAGCUGUAACUUUGUUUGACAGCUUUUGAGGAGACUGUCCUUUGCAAAAAUCGUCUGGAUUUUGACAUAAAAGAUUUGAAGAGGCUUGUCUGCCCUUGUUUACAUGGGGAAAUACAGUUUUAGUAACUGGUUUAAGAUUAUGCAUGUUGCUUUCCAUGAAAGCCACUUAUUAUUUUAUUAUUAUUAUUGUUAUUAUUAUUAUUUUGAUUGUUUAAAAAGAUACUGCUUUAAAUUUUAUGAAAAUAAAAUUUUUGGUUAGAAGUAAAAAAGAUGUAUAUUGUUACA